AUGGAGAGAUGUUACAAAGAGAUCUUUCGGUCCAUUUUUACAAAAAAUACAUCAGCAAAGAUGAUCCCAGAUAACGAAUCUUUAUAUUCUUUUAUUGAAUGCUAUCAAUUACAACUUUCUGACUGUACCCAAAUUUUAAAUUUUCUCAAUCAAGGAUUAGACAUCGAUAAUGAUCUCAUAAUAGCUAUUACAUCAAAACCAACCAUGAAAUUAAUCAUGACAAAGUUCCCUAAUAUAUAUUCAUUUAAAAAGAUAACAACAAAUUAUCUAACUUCAAAGGCAAAUACUAUCAUUUCAUAUUGUUCAGUUAUGUCUUCUAUAUUAUCUAAAAUUGGUCAGUCAAGACAAGAUUUAGAACAGACAGCAAAUGCAAUACAAGAUAGUAUUAUUUCGUACAUGAAAUUAUCACAUACGAAUACUAACAUAACAAUCUGUAAAUUCCAAAACUAUGAAAUUGACCCUGAUUUAUCUAUUUAUCUUGAUAAAGAAAAAUUAUUAGAAAACAAUCAAAACAUCAGCAAAGAAAUUGAACAGAAAAAAUUUAGUUCUCAUGUUUGUUGUUUGUGCAAUGAAUAUCCUGCUAUUUCAUACGUUACACCAUGCAAUCAUUCUUUUUUGUGUAUGAAUUGUUUGCAAGAAGCGUUUUCUUCAAAUAAUAUCUGGAAAUGUUAUAUAUGUGGGAAGAAAAUUGAAGAAGUUAAAUAA